AUGCCGCCAGUUGGUGUUAGCACGGAGAGGAAAGCAUCUUCGUUGGAAGAGGCUGAGGUGCACAGCAGCAACAGCAGCAGCAACAGCAGCAGCAACAGCAGCAGCAACAGCAGCAGCAGCAGAAGCAACAGCAGCAGCAACGUACACCCCAAACCCCCGCAGAAGGGAGAAGAUGAAAGACUGAACUUCACGAGCCCCAAAUUCGACCCUUUGCUGCUGCUGCAGCAGCCAACCUCUGCUGCUGCUGCUGCUGCUGCUGCAGCAGCAAACAAGACCUCCAUCGCUCUUCCCAACAUCCGGGUUGCGGAGCUGCUGCUGCCGUGGGGACACCAGCCGCAGAGUAUUGCUGCUGCUGCUGCUGCUGGAGAUGAGGAAGCAGCAGCAGCAGCAGCAGCAGCAGAUAGACCCCAAGGGCCUACGAAGCGGACGGCAUUCGAAGCCAAACUAAAUGCAGCAAAAAACAAACAAAUGAAAUUGGAUAUGCAAUUUGCUGCAGCAGCAUCGAAGCGCAGCGGAGCCAGGGCCGCUCAAGUGCUGUCUCUUCGCUUCACAGGUCAACUGCUGCCCCGCCGCAUCCUAGAGCAGACAGCUGCACACCCACAAGCUGCUGCUGCUGCUGCUGCUGCUGCUGCUGCUGCGUGGAGCUGGGAAGCUCCGUUGGCUGUACGGCUCGCGUUGCUGCGGCUGUGGCAGCAGCAGCAGCAGCAGCUCCAGGCCCGCAUACACCCCAAUGCUUUGCGCUUGAUGACAGGUCGCAGCAGCAGCAGCAGCAGCAGCGACAGCAGCAGCAGCAGCAGCAGCAGCAGCAAAAGCGUCCGCGUGAGAGGCUACCUGCGUUGGUUCGACCCGCAUAUGAAUCUGCUGCUGCAGCCAGCUGAAAUCCUCAGCCACACCGUCCACAAGCAGCAGCAGCAGCAGCAGCAGCAACAGUCCUCGGUUGACUGGCUGAUCAUACCGUGCGUAUUCAUCUCCCCUUUCCUUUAUUGCUGA